AUGGCUCUCCUGGUCGACAGAUUGCGACCUCGUUCGCUUGAUGCCCUCUCCUACCACCAUGAGCUCUCUGCACGUCUGAAGUCACUGGCUCAAAGCGGAGAUUUCCCGCAUCUCCUGAUGUACGGACCCUCAGGUGCAGGCAAGAAGACCCGUGUGAUUGCGACGUUGAAAGAGUUGUACGGCCCCGGCGUGGAAAAGAUCAAGAUUGACGCCAGGGUUUUCCAAACGACAAGCAACCGCAAACUCGAAUUCAACAUCGUAUCGUCUGUAUAUCACCUCGAGAUCACCCCCUCCGAUGUUGGCAACUAUGACCGUGUGGUUGUCCAAGAGCUGCUCAAAGAAGUCGCACAAACACAACAGGUUGACCUCUCCGCAAAACAAAGAUUCAAGGUUGUUGUCAUCAACGAGGCGGAUCAUUUAAGCCGCGAUGCACAGGCAGCACUGAGACGGACUAUGGAGAAAUACAGCCCCAAUCUGAGGCUGAUUUUGCUUGCAAACAGUACCUCGAACAUCAUUGCUCCUAUCCGUUCUCGAACCCUGCUGGUCAGGGUUGCGGCACCUACCGAAGAGCAAAUUUGCGAGGUUCUGGAGAAUGCUGGGAAGAAGGAAGGCUGGCCUGAGGCUCCGGGUCUCAACCAGAGGAUAGCCAAAGAAAGCGAACGUAACCUUCGGCGAGCGCUACUCAUGUUCGAAGCGAUAUAUGCGCAGACUGAGAAGGUCACGGACAACACUCCAAUUCCCCCACCCGAUUGGGAAGCACUUAUCUCUUUGAUUGCAGAUGAGAUUCUUGCAGAGCGGUCUCCCGCUCGAUUACUGCAGGUCCGCGCACGGCUUUACGACCUCUUGACGCACUGUAUACCACCUACAACUAUCAUCAAGACUUUGACUUUCAAGCUCGUUUCGAAGGUCGAUGACUCUUUGAAGCCUGAUGUUAUCAAAUGGUCUGCGUUCUACGAACAUAGGAUCACGCAAGGAAGCAAAGUAAUCUUUCACCUGGAGGCAUUCGUUGCCAAGUUCAUGCGUAUCUACGAGAGUUACUUGAUGGGUAUGGACUUUUAA